AUGGACUUUGCUGCCAAAGAAAGGAUCGUCGAGUUCAGUGGCGCUCUUUUCACUGCCAUCGAGAUUCCCAUCUGGGCCCAGGUGCUCAAGAAUCUCAUCAUCAGCUUCGACAAGACCUUCAUUCGCUUCGAGCUUCUGGACGGUACCACUAAGAAUAUCAGAGACAACGACACGAUCAACGAAAGAUUGACUGAAGAGGAUGGAGUGGGCGACCGGCCACCCCGAUUUUGUAUAUUUUACCGGCCAUCUCUUGGUGUCAGCCAACGACCCAUAUCCCGCCGAGAUGUGAAACUUUGA